AUGGUGGCAUACAUAAGAUCAGAAGAUAUCAAUGAAGCUAUCCACUGUUCCCUAGUAUUGGCAAGAAGUAGAGUAACACCUCUAAAGCAUUUGUCAAUACCUAGGUUAGAGCUUACGGCAGCCACUAUGGCUGUUCGUAUUGCUAAAAUGUUAGAAGAGGAGUUGGACCAAGUACAUGAGACGUACUUUUGGACUGAUAGCCAAACAGUCCUGAAAUACAUUAACAACACUAGCAGGCGGUUCAAGACAUUUGUGGCUAAUCGGGUAGCCGUUAUAACCGAGGCUACAAGUCCUUCACAGUGGGGAUAUGUUCGAACUACUAAUAAUCCUGCUGAUGACACGUCUCGAGGAUUGUCCAUAAACCAGUUCCUAAAAAACGAACGCUGGAUUAAGGGCCCAUCGUUCUUGCAAGAAUCAGUUGAGCAGUGGCCGAAGAUGCAGGAAAUAAGUUUGAUCUCUGAAGAUGAUCCAGAAAUCAAAAGAGAAGUAAAUACUGGCAUAACAGUAGAAGAAUCCACAGUUAUGGAUAAUCUUAUUAAAAGAUACUCAAGCUUUAAUAAACUUAGAAGAAUUGUGGCUUGGUUGCUUGUAUUGAAGAAGAAUUUGAGACAACGAAUUAUUCCAGCGACCAAUAAAUCUACCAUACGUCGAUUAGAAGUAGAACAUCUGCAAGCUGCUGAAAGGGAAAUCCUGAUGCAGGUACAACAACAGUAUUUUUCAAAGGAGAUUAAAGCACUCAAAGGUAACAACCCCAAUGAAAUAGCACAGGCCUUAAAGUACAGCCAACUUAGAAAACUGGAUCCUACAUUACAUGAUAAGCUUCUUUGUGUUGGUGGACGAUUGGACAGAUCUGACCUACCAGAAUCUGCAAGGCACCCUGUGAUUGUUCCAAAAAACUCUUUGAUAGCAGAGUACCUUAUACUAGAUGCACAUAAGGAAGUUGGGCAUCUUGGACGUAACACUGUACUAAAUGCAGUUCGUGAACGAUUUUGGAUUCUGGGAGCUAGAGCAAUCAUUAGGACAGUGAUAAGCCGGUGCGUAACAUGUCACAAACAUCGUGCAUCUCCAGGACAGCAGAAGAUGGCGUCAUUACCUAGAGAGAGAGUACUUGCUGAUUUUCCUCCCUUCUACAACAGUGAUAUGGACAUGUUUGGUCCAUUUGAGAUUAAGAGAGGAAGAAGCACUGUUAAAAGAUAUGGACUUAUAUUCACAUGUCUCGCCUCAAGGGCCAUUCACCUAGAGAUAACCCAUAGCAUGGACACUGAUUCUUGUUUAAAUGCUUUAAGGCGAUUUAUUGCCAGAAGAGGUGGAGUGUCAUCCAUACGAUCAGAUAAUGGAACCAACUUCGUGGGUGUAGAACGUGAAUUAAGAGAGGCUGUACUUGCAUGGAAUGCUAGUCAUAUUCCAGAUUGGCUACACCAAAGAAACAUCAAAUGGAUCUUUAACCCACCGUCUGCUUCUCAUUUUGGCGGCGCGUGGGAAAGACAAAUCAGAACAGUCAGGCAGGUGAUGAAAGGUGUGUUACAAGAACAACAUAUAACGAAGGUCUUCAUACACUUUUUUGCGAAGUGGAGUCUAUCAUCAAUGGCAUACCGAUAA